AUGGGAAUCAAAUGGCGCAAUUCACGUAGCCAAAGCAUCAGGUUAGGUCAAAGCUGUGGCUCUUCGAAUGAACAAGAAAGCAAACGACUCCUCGGAUGGCAGAUUUUGUGGCAGAAAUUCAAGAAGGAGAAGAGAAGAAUCUUCAGUUGUUCUUCAGUUGAAUUGCGUUCUUCGUAUAAUCCAAAUGCUUAUCGGUUGAAUUUUGAACAAGAAAAUUGGGGCUCUGAUCCUGAUGAUCUCUGCAGAUCCUUCUCUGCUCGUUUCGCUGAUCCAUCCAUCGUCUCCAGGAGCUUCAGAUUGUUGGAUUGA